GAACAUAUUCACAAUGUAAAUAAGUGCCGCGCUAUCUCUGCAACUCAUUAUACUAAAGUAAGCAAAUACUUGAAAAGUGUCAAGUGUUUCUGUGUGAGAAUAAAAGAAUGGAAAGAGGAGGUGAUCUUUCUACAUGAAGUAGUUGAGGGCGUUGCAGAUGAGUCAUAUGGA